GCGGCGGUGGUGAGCGGGAGGGCGACGCGGAUGCGGUGGGGUGCAGCCCCGAGGACGCGUACGGAUCGAGCGAGGACACGGGGGAGGCCGUGGCGGGGAGCGAGGGUCCAGCGGCGGCGGCGGAGCGCGGUGACACCGAGGGACGAGAGGAGGGAUUCUACUCGGAGGAGGAGGAUGAGGCAGCGGAGGUGCAGCAGGCGGGGCGGAGGAGAGAAGCGGCCCAGAGGAAGGGGAAAGAGGCCCGGCUCAGAGACCGGGAACAGCAGCAGCAGGAGGAGGAGGAGGAGGAAAAGCCGUGCAGUGGAGAUAAGCAGAAUGGGAAGGUAAAGCCGGGUGGUGGAGGUGGCGGUGACGUUCGGGAUGAUUACGAUGACUACCAGGAGCUCGUGGCCAAAUCGCUUCUGAAUCUGGGUGAGAUGGCGGAGGCGGCGUCGCGGCUGACAGCUCCACACUCCCCGCGCACCGACGGCCUCGACGAUAGCGGAAUCCACCUGCCGGACGCUGAGCACGAGGACGAGGAGGAGGACGCGAAGCGGCGGGCGGAGAGGGAGGAAGGAGAUGCGAAGGAGGAUGCGGCGGAGGGACCCCCGGGGGCUCCUAAGCCUGGGCCCCCGUCGGCAGGCGAGGGUGCGCGGCGGGAGGGCGGCGAGCCCGAGCGGAGUGCGAGAAGGAGGGGGAGGAGCGUGGACCGGGGCGGCGCGGGGGCCCAGCAGGAGCGGGGGGAACAGGGGGCGGCUGCCCUCGAGGAGGCCGAGACCAACCCGCGAUUUCAUUCCAAGACGCAGGUCUCCAUCAAGCAGGAGCGGGACGACUGGGGCCGCCCGGUGCCCGCCGCUGCGGAGGCAGAAGUGGCACAGGGGGGUGGUGGUGGGCAGCAGCAGCAGCAGGAGCAGCAGGAGGAGGCGGUGGUCGUGGAGCGCGCGAGAUCCCUGGGCCCCAGCGACCCCUGCAUGAGCAGCCUGGAGUGCCUCCGCAGCCAGUGCUACGACCUCGCGCGCAAGCUCAGCGACGACACCACCACCGCGGCGCCCCCCGCGCCCGACACCGCCGCCGCCACCGCCGCUGCAGCUGUGGCGUUGGUGGCGGACGACCCUCACCCACUGCGCGCCAACUCCUCCAACUCCGUGUCGCCACCAUCGUCAUCAUUGACAACAAUAACAUCAUCGACAUCGUCUCCUGCCUCUCCUCCACCCGCCGCUCAACACCAUCACCCCCCUCCUCCUGCUGCUGCUGCUGCUCCUCCUCCUCUUCCUCAUCCUCCUCCUCCCGCGCACAGCGCCAGCGCUCGGCCAAAGCCCGCGCCGGUGCCGGUGAAGGUGGAGGCGGUGCCCGUAGAGGCGGAGCCGGGUGCCGGCGGCGCUCGCCGCUGCCCGGACAUGCUCAACCUCCUGCGGCUGGAGGAGCACCUGGGCCCUCCCUACCGGCCUCACGACCGCUCGGGCUGCGCCGCUUCGGCCAGGGCGGCGCCAGCGGCCGGGCACGGCGCCCGGAGGCCCUCGCCGGCGGCGGCGGCGGCGGCGUUCCCCUCGGCGGCGGCGGCGGCGUUCCCCUCGGCGUGCCGUGCGACGACGGCCGUGGGGUCGGCGUCGCACGUCAAGCUGCCGUACGCGGAGCGCACGGACGGCGGCUACAUCCUGUCGGAGCGCGCCUACGUAGCAGGGCGGCUGCUACUGCCCGAGACGGCGUCGCGAGGAGGCUUCUCGUCGGACGAGGAGGAGGAGGAGGACGAGGAGGAGGAGGAGGAGGAGGACAGCUCGUGCGGGUCGCGCGAGGAAGAGGAGGAGGAAGGAGAUGAGGAGGAUGAGGACCACGACGAUGGCUUCGACGUGAUGAAGGGCAACAUGUCGGUGCUGGAGGCGGCCAUCGCCCUGGAGACGGAGCGUGCCCGGUUCAUGCGGCGCGGGGCCCUGGCGGGCGAGCUCGCGUGGCGCGCCGAGGCCGAGUUCGGCGGCGGCGGCGGCGGCGGGGCACGCGUCGGGGUCGGCGGCGGCGGCGGCGGCGGCGCCGGGGGUGUCCACAGCCCCCACGCGCGCGAGCGGAAGCCCUUCGUGGUGGAGGCGCACGCGCGCAAGCACUCCGCCUCCUCCUUCCUCAGAGAUGUGCGCGGAGAGAAGAAAGAGAGCAAGUGCCCGACCCCCGGCUGCGACGGCACGGGUCACGUGACCGGGCUCUACCCCCACCACCGCAGCCUCUCGGGGUGCCCCCACAAGGACCGCGUGCCCCCCGAGAUAUUGGCCAUGCAUGAGAAUGUACUCAAGUGCCCGACCCCGGGUUGCACUGGCAAGGGACACGUGAACAGCAAUCGCAACUCCCACCGCAGCCUCUCAGGCUGUCCCAUAGCCGCGGCCGAGAAGCUCGCGAAGAGUCAGGAGAAGCUCCAGGGAGAACCGGGGGGGACGGGGCCUGCCGAACGCGUCCUCCGGCCCAUGUGCUUCGUGAAGCAGCUCGAGGUUCCCACGUUCGGCUGCAAGCCCAAGGGAGGGGGCGCGCCGCCGCCACCGACGGCAGGGGCGGCGGCGCCGCGCUCCGGCCUGUCGCGGGAGCUCGAGAAGUUAUCCAAAGCCUUCGACUUCUCCCCCUUCGGCCCGGCGCACUCCGCGGCGGCGGCCGCGGCCGCGGCGGCGGCGGCGGCCGCCGUCUCGGCGUUUGGGAAGCGAGCGAUCGCGCCCAAGCUGCCGUCUCACAGCAAGCCUUACGACGUGAAGCCGCUGGCGCAGGGCCCUGCCGCGCGCCUCUCGUCCUACGCCUUCAGCAAGGGCCCCUGCUCGGGGCCCGACUUCGGGGCCGACGCCGCCGCCGCGGUGGCCGCGGCCGACCACAUGGCAGCGGCGGCGGCCAUCCUCAACUUGUCGACGCGGUGCCGCGAGCUCCCGCAGAACCUGUCAACUCGCGCGCACCCAACAUCGCCACCGCCUCACGCUCUCCCCUCCUCUUCCGCCUCCUCCUCCUCAUCCUCAUCCGCUACCACCUCCUCCUCGAGCUCGUCCUCGCUCGCCGCACCACCACCAGCAACGGGAGUGGCGCAGCAGCAGCUCAUCGGGCACCCCCAGCUCAUCGAGGUGGACGAGAACGGGACGCUCGACCUCAGCCUGAAGAAGGCUCGUCCAUCGGCCAUCGCCACCGCGGCGCCCGGCGAGGGAGGAGCGGGAGGAGGAGGCGGCGGCGGAGGGGGCCGCUCGCCCAGCCCCCCCUGCGAAGGGGGGGCCCCGCUCCCGCGUCACGGCUCCCCCGCGCCCCUCGCUGUAGCGGGGGCGGGGCGCGUGAACCGCUACGCGCACCUCCCCGACGAGCCCGAGGGUUGGGACGGCCCCGUGGACUACACCAAGCUGGGGCGUGCCGAGGGAGGAGGGUACGUGGACGAUGACGAGCGCUCGGCUGCCGACUCCCUGGAGGAGCGGCGCUACCCGGGGGAGGUGACGGCGCCCAGCCCCCGGCCCAAGGCCUUCUUCUCCAAGGACGGCAAGAAGGAGCUCAUCACCUGCCCGACUCCAGGCUGCGAUGGCAGCGGUCACAUCACAGGGAACUACGCGUCUCACCGCAGUCUGUCUGGCUGCCCCUUGGCUGACAAGAGCGUCCGCAGCAUGCUAUCGUCCAACUCACAAGAGCUGAAGUGCCCAACGCCAGGCUGUGAUGGGUCUGGGCACAUCACGGGGAAUUACGCCUCUCAUCGCAGCUUGUCGGGCUGCCCUCGUGCCAGGAAGAGCGGCCUCAAGCUGGCGCUGAGUCGCGAGGAGAGGGACGACCCCGAGCAGACCAGGUGGGGAGACAUGGGGUGCCCCGUGCCGGGCUGCGACGGGCAGGGCCACGUGACGGGCAAGUACGCGUCACACCGCAGCGCCUCGGGCUGCCCGCUGGCCGCACGCCGCCAGAAGGAGGGCUUCCUGAACGGCGCGGCCUUCCCCUGGCGGGCAGCGGGGCCCGGGAAGGCCGACGGGGUCACGUGCCCCACGCCGGGCUGCGACGGCUCGGGCCACGUCACCCGCAGCUUCCUCACGCACCGCAGCCUGUCGGGGUGUCCCCGCGUGUCGUCGGCGCUGAAGCGCGCGCGUCUCUCCGGGGACGAAAUCCUCACCAUCAAGUUCCGCGCCAGCAGCGAGGUGGAAAACGAUGAGGACAUCAAACAGCUGGACGAUGAGAUCCAGGAGCUCAGCGAGUCCAACUCCCAGAUGGAGGCGGACGUGGCGCGCCUACAGGCACAGAUCGCCAACAUGGAGACCAACCUGAAGUCGAUGGAGGAGGAGAACAAAGCCAUGGAGCACCAGAACGAGGUGCUGCUCCACGAGCUCGCGUCGCUGAGCCACACGCUCAUCCGCAGCCUCGCCAACAUCCAGCUGCCGCACAUGGAGCCCAUAAACGAGCAGAACUUCGACGCGUACGUGACGACGCUGACCGACAUGUACACCAACCAGGAGCGCUACCAGAGCCCCGAGAGCAAGGCACUGCUCGAGAGCAUCCGCCAGGCCGUCAAGGGCAUCCAGGUGUAGCGGGAGGGGGGCACGGGGCGGAGAGGAGCAGUGACGACCCGCCACCGCCAUCCGGACGCGGAAGAGAGCUGAAGAAUGUGGGGGGGGGGGGGGGGGGCAAACGGAAGGACCGGGGGGAGGGGCGAGCGUCGCUUCCCUACGGCAGCCGGCGCGACACCCCCCAACAGCCCCGUCGCUCGCCGUGCCACCCCUCGCUCGCUCUCUCUCUCGCUCGCUCGCUCUCUCUUGUUCUCUCUCUGUCUCGCUCUCUCUGUCUCGUGCUCUCUCGCUCUCUCUCUCUCGCUCUCUCUCUGU